CUUAAGUAAUAUUUAACCGAGUCAUCUCUCCCACUCCGACUCACACUCACACUCACUCCGAGUCUCAACCCCUUUCUUUUUCCAUUAUUUAUUAUUAAUAAUAACGCCUUCCUCUUUUGUCAUUUCUUCUAUUUUUCUUCUUUUCUUUCAUCUCAUCUCAUCACAUCACAGCACUCUUUCUUUCUUUCUUCUUCGCUCAUUCUUUUUUACUUUGGGUUAUUCAACCUUUGUAUAUAUGCAUGUAUGACAUUCUCGGCCACCCUAGGCGAGUACUGCAAUACCAGUCAAUUUAUAUUUUAUUACAUUACUUGAUUUUUACUUGAUGAGUGAGAGCAUGAUUGAAUUGGUCAACUUCUUCUGCAUUUGAGUUUUCUUUAACUUCUUUCUGGUUUUUUAACUUCAUUUUCCACUUUUUGUAAAGUUAUGUUGCUUUCUUUUGUAUUAUUUUACUAAAUAUAUUGAUUUUCGUUUUUUUGGUGUUAUCUGGCGACAAUCGAGGCUGUCCGGGUACCAUUUAUGUGAUUGUCGCUCCUUUUUCUUUUUGGGGUGCCUUUUUGGUUCCUUGAAAAUUAAUUUUGUUUUUGGCAAUUUGGGUUUUACAGACAGCCAAGUCUCUCUCUCUCUCUCCUCUUGGACUUACAACAUUAACUCUUAGCUACUAUCUUUAAGUCUCCCUCUCUCUCAUUCACCCACACACACUCUCUGGUUAGGUUUUUGGGUUGUGGAAUUUUUGUCUGAAUUGGGCAGUUAUGGUUCGUAAACAUGGAUGGCAGCUACCUGCUCACACCUUUCAGGUUGUUGCAAUCACUGUAUUCUGCUUGUUAGUGGUUGCAUUCUAUGCUUUCUUCGCUCCUUUCCUUGGAGGCCGCAUCUGGGAGUAUGUUUUGAUUGGGAUCUACUCUCCUGUGGCGCUCCUUGUUUUCAUUCUGUAUGUUCGGUGUACGGCAAUAAACCCUGCAGACCCUAGCAUUAUGUCUAAUUGGGAUAGUAGAAUGAUAAACAAAUUGAACACUGAUCAUGGGCUACCAGGGAAAGACCUGCCUAGAAAAUUUGAUGGAAUUGCCACUGGGGAGCAUUCUUCCCCGUCAUUGGCUUCUCGAAGUUCUAUAGGAGGGGAUAACUCCAGUAAGAAAGGUUCAUUUGGAGAACUUGGGAGUGUAGAUAUUCAUGUGGAAGCUACAAAGAGAACGCCCUAUUGCAUUGGUGGAGGAAUCCUCUGUGCAGUGUUUGUUCAUGAAGAUUGCCGAAAACAAUAUGAGGCUACUGAGCAGCAUGGGGGUGAAGAAGCUUUGUUCUGCACACUCUGCAAUGCUCAGGUCUGCAAAUUCAGCAAACACUGUAGAAGUUGUGAUAAGUGUGUGGAUGGUUUUGAUCACCAUUGCCGGUGGCUUAACAAUUGUGUGGGGCGCAAGAAUUAUGCAACUUUUAUCUGUCUCAUGGCCAUUAGUCUUGCUUGGCUUGUUAUUGAAGCUGGAGUUGGAAUUGCUGUCUUGGUGCUUUGCUUUGUUAAUAAGAAAAAUAUGGAGACUGAAAUUAUUGAGAGACUUGGAAAUGGCUUCACUCGUCCCCCAUUUGCAACAGUUGUGGCUGUAUGUACUGCAGUUUCCAUGCUUGCGUGCAUACCUUUGGGUGAACUUUUCUUCUUCCACAUGAUACUGAUACGCAAGGGUAUUACAACAUAUGAAUAUGUUGUGGCAAUGAGAGCCAUGAGUGAGACACCUGGUGCAGCAAAUAUCGACGAGGAAUUUGCAAAUAUUCUGUACUCUCCUACAGGUUCUGCCACUACGGGUUUGAGUGGUGGGAGUUCUUUGAGUCUGCACUACAAGGGGGCAUUUUGUACCCCUCCUAGGGUAUUUGUGGAUUAUCAGGAUGAAGUCGUGCCCCAGUUGGAGCCAGGAAUGAUACCAUCAACAGUUGAUCCAGAUGCAACUGGAAUUGCAGAAAGGGAGCAGAGGGUUCCCAAAAAGCCUGUUCGUAUCAGUGCGUGGGACCUUGCAAAGUUAGAUAGAAAUGAGGCCAAGAGAGCCGCAGCAAAGGCCAGAGCAUCAUCUUCUGUUUUGCGGCCAGUGGAUAGUCGUCAGCAACCUGAACCUGAAUACAGCUCCAGCGGCAACAUGAGUGUUAGGAGUAGUGUAAGCACUGAUACAGGGGCAAAUAAAGAGAUAAAAGGUGACCUCAGGUUAUCUCCAUUGGGGAAUUCUUUUGCUCCGAGUCAAGGUAGCCGGGAUGAGUAUGAAACUGGUACUCAAAGCAUGAGUAGCUUCAGCAGUCCAAGCCAUGUCCAUGAAGCAGUCACUCUUAGCCCUCUUCCACAGCGUCCUGGUUUGGGUCGAUCUGUUGCAGUGCCUUCCAUACCUGGCUUGAUUCCUGAUCGUUCUUUAAUUUCAAAGGCAAUUUUUCCAAAUGUUAAACUGCAAACAUCUCAACCUCUUGGAUUUGAUGAGAAGAUGAUGCAAAAAGGUAGUAGUAGUGAUCCACUAUUGCUUUCGGCACCAGCUACAUCUCUUCUCCGAGAUGUUAGAAGGACAUCUGUUGUUUGGGACCAAGAAGCAGGGAGAUAUGUCUCAGUUCCUUUAUCAGCUUCAGAUGCUCGGACCAGACCAUCCUUGCAAAUAGGAGUCACCAACUCUAAUUCUGAAGCUAGCAGUUAUAGCAGAAAGCCAGUUGUUCCGCCGCAAGAGUCUACGUCCUCUGCAGUAAAGCCUCCAUUACAAGCAACAGAGAAACUAAUGUACACAGGAGACUCCAUAUUCUUCGGGGGUCCACUCUUGAGUGUCCCAUUCAGGGAUGGUCCUAAAAAUGAAAAGGGGCCUGGCUCAAGAGAAGGACAAGAAAGGGUGGCAAUGAACUUGUUCCAUGAGUCUAGACUCAAACGGGAUUCCAACUCAAACCAACUUCCGGUGUUUGUCCCGGGGGGAUUUAGCCAUAACUCCUUAUCUGGGUCUGGGUUAAAAUAGCUUUUAAGCUUAUGAUUUGAAAUGCCAAGGUGCAAACCGAAAUGCUCUCAUUUGUUCCUUCUCUGCAACGUUGAUCAGGGAAGAGGGCCAUCGAAGUUGAAGAAACCGUAUCAGAAAUGCUCUCUAUUCAUGAAAAUUUGCCUUCUGAAGCUGUUGCAAAGAACACAGCCUCAUGCUGUUCCAGCAGUUUUAUUUUUGUUGUAAUCAAUCUCUGACUGGUCAAUGAUGGCUUUUGGGGAACUUUGUGAAUGAUGAGGUAACAUUGUAUUGUUUAUAAUUGAAUUGUAGCCAAAAGUCUAGUGUUAUUUUUUGUAGGCGGUUCACUGUAUUUUGGUUUAUGUAGAGACAGUUUCCCUGGAAACAUAACGCAAGACCAACAUUUUAUAAUUUUUUUUUUCUUUUCCUUUUUUUUUUGGGAGGAAUUUAGAAAUGUUUUAUGAUGUGCGAUGUUUGCGUAAUGUGAAAAUUUAUGACGCUUCGUUGUUGUAAUGUUAGAGUUACGAAGCUA